UUUUUUUUAGUAUCCUGCAGUGAAAUGGAUGGACAGAGCAAUAAAACAGUAGUAACUGAAUUUAUCAUUUUGGGCUUCCCCAGUUUAAAGAGCAUCUACCCUUUGAUGUUUCUACUUUUUUUACUUAUCUACACCUUCACUGUUUUAGGGAACAUCACCAUUUUCAUAGCUGUGUUGAGAAACUACAAGUUGCAAAUACCUAUGUUUUAUUUCUUGAAUCAUCUUUCUGCUAUGGAAAUUUGCUACACUUCAGUUAUUGUCCCUAAAAUGUUGUCCAGCUUUAUAACAAGUAACAGAAGUAUUUCUUUCAAUAACUGUAUGAUUCAGUUGUAUCUUUUCAGUUCUCUUGGGGCAUCUGAGUGUUACUUACUUACUACCAUGGCUUAUGAUCGAUACCUAGCUAUUUGCCAGCCUCUCCAUUAUGCCACCAAAAUGACCAACUCAACUUCACACCAGCUGGCCUCUGGGUCUUGGAUUGGAGGCUUCAUUUCACCAAUUCUUCCUGUUGUAUUAAUAUCCAAACUUAUAUUUUGUGGUCCCAAUCAAGUGAAUUACUUCUAUUGUGAUUCUCAACCUCUUCUUAAACUGUCCUGCAGCAGUACCCACUUUACGGAAACAGCAAUUUCCACAUUGGCAACUGGACUUAUAUUUACCUCCUUUCUCUUAACUGUACUCUCCUACGUCUUCAUAAUUUCCACAAUUUUAAAGAUUCCUUCAACCACUGGAAGAAAGAAGGCUUUCUCCACGUGUGCUUCUCACUUAACUGUUGUUAUGAUUUACUAUGGAACCAUAACAGCCAUGUACAUGCAGCCCAUGUCCCGAUUCUCCUUAGAUACCAACAAAGUGUUAUCUUUACUUUAUACAGUUGUUACACCUAUGCUCAAUCCUAUUAUUUAUAGUUUAAGGAACCAGGUAAUAAGGCAUUCCCUGAGAAAGUUCUUUGGAAAAAAGGAUGAACAGGAAAUAUAAACAUAAAGAUCCAGUUUUAGUUUUAGUUUAGUUAUUUGAUCAAAAUUACAUUUUUAAUUCAGGCAGCUCAAAUACUUGAACCUUGCAUUGCAUAUUGAAUUGCUAUAUGCCCAGCGCCACCCCCUAAUCCAUGUACCCCACCCCUAAUCUACAUGCAGGGUGCCGGACG